AUGAUUCUUUCUAUAGAUUUUUUCAUUCGCAUUUUAUCUCUCUCAUUUUUUCAUCCCUCAUUUGUUCUUAUAUUCCUUCCGUAUCUAUACGCUCAAGGCUAUGGGUUCACUACUUCAGAAUUUUUAUGGAGUAGUUUAUACGCGGGCAUUGUGUGUUUCUUCUGGUUUUUGGGUUAUUUAAGUUUAAAGAGUAGAAACGGCUUGAAGAGUACCAAAAUUAACUGGGAUGACGAGAUAGUGGUUGUGACUGGAGGCUCUGGUGGCGUUGGUGGUCUUUUAGCCGAAACAUUGGCGAUCAGAAACGUGACGGUGAUCAUAUUAGACGUUAAACCUCCUGAGAAUGAGCAUGUUAAUAUUGAAUACUUUAAAUGUGAUGUAUCAAAUUAUGAAGAGGUUCAGCGCGUUGGUAAAGAAAUAAUAGAAGAGUUUGGCAACCCAACAAUACUUGUAAACAAUGCAGCCAUCGUUAGAGGGAAAACCAUUCUUGAAGGAUCAGUACGCGAUAUCACGGAUACUAUAAAUACAAACUUGCUAUCUUCUUUUUGGACCACAAAAGUUUUUUUACCGGAUAUGAUUGAGAAUAAUCACGGUCAUAUUGUAACGGUAGCAUCUUCAAUUGGAUUUAGUGGAUUGCCUCAAUUGGCCGAUUAUUGUGCAAGUAAAGCUGCUUUGAUUAGUUUUCACGAAUCACUUCGUUAUGAAUUGGAUACACGAUACAAUGCCAAACAAGUUCGCACAACUCUUUUAUGUCCUGGUGAAAUAGAUACCGGACUAUUUGAUGGAGUCGAAUUUCCGUUUCCGUUUAUUACGCCUCGUUUAGCACCAUUAGAUGUGGUAAAACCUAUCAUUACUGCGUUAGAUAAAAAUGAAGGACAUGUCAUCUUCAAACCUUACUUUGUUUAUUUGAUGCCUUUAUUGAGAUUCCUUCCAUCAUUCAUACAGGAUCUCGUUCACAAGUUUUCUGGGGCUAAUGAUGGAAUGAAAACAUGGAGAGGUAAACAAAAUGACUCUAAAAAAGAUCAAUGA